AUGGAAUAUUUUCCAAAUUUAGUUAAUAAAGUGAACUUGAAUGUUAUACGACAGGGAAAACCAGUGGAGGUUAGGCAAGCUGCAGGGUUGCUUCUGAAAAAUAACCUUAGAAGCGCAUUCGAAACCGUGCCACCUGCAAACCAACAUUAUAUAAAAUCAGAGUUGUUACCUUGUAUGGGAGCCUCAGAUAGGCAAAUCAGGUCUACAGCUGGAACCAUCAUUAGUGCUUUUGUUCAGAUUGGUGGAGUUGUGGGAUGGCCUGAAUUGCUGCACGCACUCGUAAAGUGCUUAGAUAGUAAUGAUCCCAAUCACAUGGAAGGUGCUAUGGAUGCUUUGUCUAAGAUUUGUGAAGAUGUACCACAAUUGCUAGAUGGUGAUAUUUCUGGAUUAUCUGAACGACCUAUCAAUGUUUUUCUUCCUAGAUUUCUCCAGCUUUUCCAAUCACCACAGACUACACUACGAAAGCUUUCCUUAGGUGCUGUGAACCAAUUCAUCAUGCUCAUGCCUACAGUAUUGUAUAUGUCCAUGGAUAAAUAUCUGCAAGGUUUGUUUGUUCUUGCUAAUGAUCCAUCUCCAGAGGUGCGGAAGUUGGUCUGCUCAGCAUUUGUUCAACUUAUUGAAAUUCGCUCAGCUGUCUUGGAGCCACAUUUAAGGAAUGUAAUAGAAUAUAUGUUGCUAGUUAACAAGGAUUCUGACGAUGAAGUAGCUCUAGAAGCCUGUGAAUUCUGGUCUGCUUAUUGUGAAGCUGAUUUGCCCCCUGAAAACUUGAGAGAGUUCUUGCCACGUCUUAUUCCGGUAUUGCUGUCGAACAUGGCUUAUGCUGAUGAUGACGAAUCGCUUGUGGAUGCUGAGGUGGAUGGAUCUCUUCCAGAUAGAGAUCAGGAUCUGAAGCCUCGUUUCCAUUCAUCGCGUUUUCAUGGGUCAGAAGAUGCUGAAGAUGAGGAUGACGACAUUGUCAAUGUAUGGAAUUUACGGAAGUGCAGUGCAGCUGCCCUGGAUUUUUUAUCUAAUGUGUUUGGAGAUGAGAUUCUAUCCGCUUUGAUGCCAAUUAUACAGGCUAAUUUGUCCACUACUGGCGAUGCAACUUGGAAAGACAGGGAAGCUGCAGUUUUAGCUCUUGGUGCCAUAGCUGAGGGUUGCAUGAACGGUCUCUAUCCUCAUUUGCCGGAGAUUAUUACAUUUCUCAUCCCACUUUUAGACGACAAUUUUCCUCUGAUUCGAAGUAUCUCUUGUUGGACUCUAUCCCGGUUCAGCAAAUAUAUUGUUCAGGGUAUUGAUCAUCAACAAGGCCGUGAGCAAUUCGACAAAGUUCUUAUGGGCCUUCUAAGAAGAAUAUUGGAUGAUAACAAGCGGGUGCAAGAGGCUGCAUGUUCAGCUUUUGCAACACUUGAAGAGGAUGCUGCAGAAGAGUUAGCACCACGAUUGGAUAUCAUUUUGCAACACUUAAUGUGUGCCUUUGGAAAAUAUCAGAGACGGAACAUCAGGAUUGUAUAUGAUGCUAUUGGAACAUUAGCAGAUGCUGUUGUUGGUGAACUGAAUCAGCCCAAACAUCUUGAAAUCUUGAUGCCACCACUGAUUGCAAAAUGGCAGCAACUUUCCAACUCGGACAAAGAUCUUUUCCCACUGCUAGAAUGCUUUACAUCAAUAGCACAGGCACUGGGUCCCGGAUUUUCACCAUUUGCCCAGCCAGUGUUUCAGAGGUGCAUAAACAUCAUCCAGACUCAACAGUUGGCAAAGGUUGAUCCUGUUUCGGUUGGUGCACAGUAUGAUAAAGAGUUCAUUGUUUGUUCUUUGGAUCUUCUUUCUGGACUUGCUGAAGGUCUUGGUGCUGGGAUAGAGAGUUUGGUUUCACAAAGUAAUCUAAGGGACUUGCUUCUGCAAUGUUGCAUGGAUGAUAGUCACGAUGUCCGCCAAAGUGCUUUUGCGUUGCUUGGCGACCUUGCUAGAGUCUGUCCUGUUCAUUUGCAUUCUCGUUUACCUGAAUUUCUUGAUGUUGCUGCCAAGCAAUUGAACACCACAAAGCUGAAGGAAACUCUGUCUGUUGCCAACAAUGCAUGCUGGGCUAUUGGAGAACUAGCAAUAAAGGUUCGCAAGGAGAUGUCGUCAAUAGUGUUGACUCUAAUCUCAUACUUGGUUCCAAUACUUCAAUGUCCUGAGGGGUUCAACAAAUCACUCGUAGAAAAUUGUGCGAUUACACUUGGAAGAAUUGCGUGGGUAUGUCCAGAGCUUGUUUCACCACACAUGGAGCAUUUCAUGCAGUCAUGGUGUCUUGCUUUGUCCAUGAUACGGGACGAUAUUGAGAAGGAAGAUGCUUUCAGAGGUUUAUGUGCAAUGGUUAGAGCAAACCCAUCUGGAGCUCUGAGUUCUUUUGUUUUCAUGUGCAAAGCUAUUGCUAGUUGGCAUGAAAUUAGGAACGAGGACCUACACAAUGAAGUUUGCCAGGUGUUGCAUGGCUAUAAACAAAUGCUAAAGAACGGAGCAUGGGAACAAUGUAUGUCUACCUUGGAGCCACCCGUGAAGGACAAGCUAUUGAAGUAUCAAGUCUUGAAGCUUUUUAUACCUGCUGUCCUUUCAACGGAUUGA